AGGAUUUCCAGUGCAGCAGCAGAACAGUUGUGCGCAUCAUAAACAUAGGCGUCCCCCAUAGUUUGGCUGAGGAUUCAGCUACAAGAUUAUUUGUCCUAUGCAUUUACAUUAUAUCUGUACAUACAUGGCCUGUAGUUAAGCAUUGUGCUACAAGCCUGCUGCCUGGCGGAGGAAAUGCCUCUCCUGCUGCCUGCCUUCUUCCUCAUUGUUCUGGGCUCUACAUUAACCACAUCUUUCCCGUCUCCUGGAAAUCACAGCCAGUAUGAGGGAGACAGAAAUGCAACAGAACAGAUGGGAAAGAUGAAUAACAGUAACACCCCAGAGACAGACACUGCUCUAGAGAAGAUGGAGGGUCAACAAGCAAAGGAGUGUAAUGAUUCACGUAACUGCCUGGAGAACCAGUAUUGCCAUCUUUCGCCUGAUAUCGCAGAGUGCCUAGAUUGCAAAAGUGCCGAAAUGACUUGUCAGCAAGAUGAAGAGUGCUGUCCUGGGUGGGUCUGCGCCCUGAGCAAAUGUACUGAACGUCUGAUCGCCGAAAGUGGUGGAGCAAGGUGCGAGAUGACAGAAGAUCAGUGUGCUCCCGGAUUCUGCUGCUCCAGAACUGGCAGACUUCCAUUCCCAGUAUGCUUGCCACUUCCAUCUGAAGGUGAACAAUGUAGUACACAGAGCAGCAACCUCUUAAAGCUGAUAAACUUUCGGGCAGAUUAUGAUUUGGGUUUGCAGUAUUGUCAUUGCGCUGAAGGUCUGGUGUGCACCAGUAAAGGAAGCCUAAUAUCUACUUGUGAGAAGCCAGAUGACGUUAUAGACUUCACAAAUUACAGUGAAGACUCAAUCUUUCAGCCAAUGAUCCGAAGAGAAGAAGAGCUGACCUACUAUGAUGCCGACCUUGUCCCUUGGGCCUCCCAAGAUGACCAGUUAGCCUUUGUAGACUUUCCAAAGAAAGCUGAAUUGAACGAGAGAGCUAAGAGAAGUGAUUUUCAAAUGUUCAAUGCCGAUAUAGAUGAUCGCCUGCAGGAAGACAAUCUCCAUUUUGAUGCUCACGUAGAAGAACCAGGUGAUCCAAGCGAAACGGAUUUCCAAGAGCUUAAACAACUUGCUAGUGAAAUGGGGCAAUAUUUUGGGCCUGGCUUUUACUAAUAAGAUCUUUAUUAACUUAUGAUUAGAGAUGCACCAAUACAAUUUUUGUAAAAUUGAGUACAAGUACUGAUAAUAUUUCAAGUACUCACUAAUAUUUAUUACAAAUACUUUUCCUGCUCCAGUCUGGACUGCUCACCCCAUCACUCCCUGUCACGUAGCUGUCACAUCUCUCUGUCCUCCCUUCUGUCUGCUGCCUGGUCCCUUGACACUGGACUUCCAAUAAUGGAAGAGAAGUCCAGGGAGAUGGCUUCUUAAAAUGAUUAAACACCUUAACAUGUCAAUUUGUUUUCUUUUUAAAUUAGUGAUUGUGGUGCAGAUGAUGGGCAGCAGGUAUCAGACAUUUGCACAAGUACAAAUGCAAAUGUUCAGUAUUGCCACCGAUACUGGUAGUCGUAGUCUUGCCGCAUCCUUACUUGUUAUUUUGUAAAAUUUUUGUUUAUAUUUUACAUGUGCUAUAAUUUGCUUUUUCAUACAGCCAAAAUAAAAUGGUUGCAUUACAUGGGAAAAUAAAAAAUAGUGUUAAAAUGACACUUCAUCAAAAAGUUA